AUGUUUGUUACAGGCUUCAUCAUAAAUGAUGAGAAAGCACCCUUACCCUUACAUGGUGGCCCUGAGCGGCAGAAGACGGUGGGACAUUUGGGGUGUUUCCGAGUUGGAAUCUGCUCGCUUCUGGUGGAGCUGUGUGAAAGGUUCACUUUCUUCGAAGUUGUCUGCAACAUGAUCCCCUUCUGCACAAGGAGGCUUGGCUGCUACAACCACCAGGCAGCCAUUCUCAACUUGUGCUUCAUUGGAGCCUCCGUCCUUACCCCUGUGUUUAUGGGAUGGCUCUCGGAUAGCAAGUACCUCGGGAGGAACAAACUGGUUUACAUAGCCGUGUUUCUACAUUUCCUAGGCACUGCCUUGUUAUCAGUGCUUGCUUUUCCCUCGGAGGAUUUCUACGGAGGCACUUCUCCUGCGUCUAACAUGCCCAUGAAGAAGCGGGCCGGGCUGUUUCAUGUAGCGCUGCUGACCCUCUGCCUGGGCACAGGAGGAAUAAGGGCCGUCGUUUGUCUGCCGGAUGCGUGUGGCCAUUGGGAGCAGGAGUCAAAGAAGCCAAUGUCAUUUUGUAACUGGGCCUCGUGGUCCAUGAACCUGAAUACCGCUGUUGUCUUUCUGGGAGUCUCAAGCAUCCAGCUCUUGGGGUCUGGGGCCGUUAUGAUCCUGCUUCCUUCUCUGUCCGUGUUCACCGCAUCGGUAACUCUUUACAUGACGUACUGCGACCUGAUCUAUGAGCCAGAGAACCAUUGCUCCCUCCCGACCGUCUCCAGGGCGUUUGCUAGGGUCCUGAAAACACGCUGCCUGCUGUACUGCCAUCUUGGGCGAGCCGGAUCAAGUUGGUUAGCCCGUGCCAUGGCAAAACAAGGUGUUUGCCACUGUGAACUCCAGGAGGAAGAGACAGAAAAUGUCUUCUCCGCCCUUUUGUCUCUCUUCAGCUUCCAGCUCAUAUACAGAAUGUGCCUUACGCAGAUUCCUUCGGGAUAUUAUCUUCAGACCAUGCAUUCCAACAGGACCUUGGGCGGAGUCCCUCUGCCAAUUGCGCUAAUGAACGCCAUCAGCCUUCUGCCCUUAUUGACCCUGGGUCCAUUUAUGGAUUUCUUCAGCAACUGUCUACUUCCCUCUAAGAGAGACGGACCGUUCUUGUCAGUGUGCAUUAUUGCUGGUAACAUUUGUGCAGCCUUCUCUGUGGCAGUGGCCGGCUUCCUAGAAAUACACAGAAAACUUGCCCAGGAGCAGUCUCCUUCAGGCAAACUUUCCUCUGUUUCCUCCAUGGCCUGCGUCUAUCUGGUUCCGCAGUACGUGCUGCUUGGAGUGUCUGAGGUCCUGGUAAACCCAGCGGUCUCCACGGUGACACGCAGAGUCGUUCCAAGCACCUUCAGAAGAGCUUCCAUGACGUGUCUGACCCUGUUCCAUGGAUCCGCCUAUUUCGCCGGGGCACUGCUGAUAGAGUUGGUUUAUCUCAUCUCAGAAGGCAAUUGGUUUCCAAACACAUUAAACAAAGGCAAUUUGGAGAGCUUCUUCUUCGUGCUGGCAUCCUUGACGCUGUUGAACAUCCUGGGACUCUGGAGGGUUUUGCCGAGAUGUUGUAAUCUAAAUCAUUUUAAUGCCCAGCGCAUCCAUGGAAAUAAUUGUGAAGAAACUCUUCUCCUCUCUGAAAAGUCUCUCAAGUUUUAUGGCAGUACACAGGAAACAUCUUCGAGUAUCGAUCUUCGGGAGACAGCCUUCUGA